AUGGUCAAUCUUUAUCCCGCUGCCAUCGACAGUGAUGAAGAAGUUGAAGCAGACGAAAGUGGCGAGGAUGAGGACAUGGAAGAUAUUGAGGCUGUUGCGGUUGUGAAAAAGAAGAAAGUUGCUGGAGCUGCCAAUGAGUUCUCGUCGGAUUUUUCGUUCGAAUGCACAGCUGAUCAGAAGCUCGACCACGACGAUGCUGCCCUUAAGAAGUACCUGCGCAAGGAAGUUGCGUCGACCUUGGAAGAGAAAAUUGAGGCGGUCCGUAAGGCCAAAAACACAUCGAAAGAGGUUGAAAUAGACGUAAAAAAUGAAGACGAUGGUGUGGAACAGUUAGGAGGAAGGGAAGCGAAAGACAAGUUGCGGGAUAAAAAGAAGAUGGGACGGAAAAGCGUUCAGAAACAAGAUGACUUUUUCGAAAAGGCGAUGGAUUUCUCGGACACUAUCACAUUUGAUCAGAUGAACUUGUCACGUCCAAUGUUGAAGGCAGGAUAUACAGAACCCACACCGAUUCAAGCAGCUUGUAUCCCUGUCGCUUUAUCUGGGAAAGAUAUCUGUGCUUGUGCGGCAACAGGAACUGGUAAAACGGCCGCUUUCGUUCUGCCAAUAUUGGAGAGACUUUUGUAUCGAUCAAACGCACGUUCAUGUACACGAAUCUUGGUGCUCGUCCCAACAAGAGAGCUUGCAAUUCAAGUUUUCCAGGUUUUUCGCAAGCUUUCCACGUUUUCACAAGUGGAGGUAUGCCUGUGUGCAGGUCAGUCCGAAUAA